CUUCUCUUACUGCCACACUCUCAUUGUUUCACUUUUGCUUAUCAAGAAGCAGAAGGUUUUGAUAAUCAGGAGACGCAUUUGAAAUACACAAAGCACAAAAGGUCGGCACGUUACACCAACAGGCCAAUAAGUGAAAAUAGAUUUUUGUUUAGACAUUACCGAAGAGGAAGUGCAAGAAAUGAACUCUGCUUUAGAAGAUGGGGACCUCUGUAAAGCAACCAAGAAACUCAGUGAGUCCCUUAAGAAAAUUCAAAAUCCCUCGAUCGAAAUCAUUACCAAAGAGGAAGUGCAAGAAAUGAACUCUGCUUUAGAAGAUGUUAACCUUUGCAAAGCAACCAAGAAACUCAGUGAGUCCCUUAAGGAAAUUGAAAAUCCCCCGAUCGAAAUCAUAGCCGAAGAGGAAGUGCAAGAAAUUAGGUCUGCUUUACAAGAUGGGGACCUCUGUAAAGCAACUGAGAAACUCAGUGAGUCACUUAAGGAAAUUGAAAGUGCCCCGUUAAACAUUGCCAUCACUGGAGAGUCGGGAACAGGAAAGUCCACUUUUGUCAAUGCUUUCCGUGGGAUGGAUGAUGAAGAAGAAGACUCUGCCAAAACUGGUGUGGUGGAGACAACCAAGGAGCCCAUGUCAUACCCUCACCAGCAGUAUCCUAACGUGACUGUUUGGGAUCUUCCAGGAAUAGGAACUCCGAAUUUUGUAGCCGACAAUUAUCUUCAGUCUGUUAAGUUCAGUCGAUACGACUUUUUCAUCAUCAUGUCAUCAGACCGCUUCAAGCAAAAUGACAUACUCCUGGCGAAGGCGAUUCAGGAAAUGGACAAGAAAUUCUACUUUGUGAGAUCCAAAGUCGAUUCCGACUUACUGGCCUCCCAGAAACGAAGGAAGAAGACAUACAAUGAGCAGAAAAUACUUAAAGAAAUUCGGGGUCACUGCAUUCAAAGUCUCAAAGACGGAGGAAUCAUCGAGCCUCAGGUUUUUCUCCUCUCAUGCCUGGAUCUGGACAAGUACGACUUCAUAGAAAUGCAGGACACUCUAGGAAAGGAGCUUCCAGAACAUAAGAGACACAUAUUCCUGAUCUCUCUACCUAACAUUUCUCUGCCCGUUCUUCAAAAGAAGCAGGAGGCUCUGAAGAAGGACAUCUGGAAGUUGGCUACUCUUUCGUGUGCAGUGGCUACAGUCCCGAUCCCAGGCCUGUCUGUAGCCUGUGACAUAGGAAUCUUGGUGAAUGCCAUGAUAGACUACCGGAAAGCUUUUGGCUUGGAUGAGCCCUCUCUAAAAAAAAUGGCUAACAAGUUUGGUAAAGACGUCAGCGAGUUGAAAUCAGUGAUCAAGUCCCCCUUAGUCAUAAAAGAGAUAAACAAAGAGCUGGUCAUCAGUUUGCUAGCCAAAGGGGCAGCAGGGGGUCUUAUUGUAGUUGAGUUUGUUCUUAGCACUAUCCCAUUGAUAGGUAGCAUCGCAGCAGGGGGCAUCUCGUAUGGUACCACUUACUGGAUGCUCUCUGGCUUCCUUAAAGAAAUUGCUGACGACGCAGUGCGUGUCCUUACCAAGGCUUUAGAGUCACCUGUUUAAAAGGGUUGUCCGGGAUUGGGGACAUUUGUCUAUUAGUAAUCUAAUAACAUAAACAUUACAAACAUGCAUGUGGUACCUUUAGAACAUAUUGCUGAAGCCCUGUUUUCCUCCUUUCAAUUCAUGGCCGGAAGUAUUUUCUUAUCUUGAGUGACGUCCCGGGUCCCUGGCAGGUGAGCCAAGCCUCCUCUUCCUCUGCUCGGGGAG